AUGCGGUUCUCAAAAUUACUCUUGAAUGUGAAGUUGGAAGUCAACACAUUCAACUUAGUUACGAUCACCAAUUUCCACCUGGAAACUGCGAUUUCUCAAAUGAACAAGUUCAUCGAGACACAACAACGUUUUGCUGCUCUUCUAUGUGAACUCAAUUUAUUUUGUCGCAUGAAGCAUGAGAAAUUCUCACGAAUGACAAUUUCGAGAAAGAAAGCAAGAACACUAGCAAAACUGACAAGCUCCUUAUGUCGACCUCAUAACGCAGUUCCCGAUUCAAAUAGCACAAGUCGACGUAUUCACAUUCUUUCCGGCACUGUCUUCACAAAACCACAACCUGACGUACUGUCACUUGGUUUGAGCUUCAAGAUUCCCCAAAAGAAGGUGAACGAGAUUCAAACAAUAGUUGAAUUCGAAAACCCGUUUGACAAAUUUAAAGAUCUUUUGGCAACCUCGGCAGAUGAUACUGGUUGGCUUCGUGCUAAAAUGGUGGACAUUUCGCACACCUUCCUUUCUGCCCCUACAGACAACAAGCUUGGUUCAAAGCAGAACACUAUAAAGCCAUUCAAGAAUUUCGGACGAUGUCCGAACUAA